AUGCUCCACGUGAGGAAGCCCUUGAUGCCCCCAAGGAUGCUGAGCGCUUUGCCAUCUCUCUCCCUCCCUGUGUCCCCCCAGAUGAGAGCAUCCUACUCGCUGUCCUGCUUCAUCCUGCUCAGCCUGGGGGCCUGCUGCCCACCCCACGAGCCCCGACACCCCGAGGAUGUGCUGGAGCCACGCUGGCGAGGAGCGGUGGCUGAGGCCGCGGGUCCCUGUGGGUGGGCAGCCCCGACGCGGCGGCGAAGCGAGGAGCUGGGCACGCUGCUGGGCAUCGCCCGGGUGCUGCGGGGCUACGGGCAGCAGCACGGCGGGGGCCCACGGGGACGGCAGGAGGGCUCAGAGAAGCGCGGCGGUGGCGGCACGCUGGGGGACCUGGCUGAGGAACUCAAUGGCUACAGCAGGAAGAAAGGUGGCUUCGCCUUCCGUUUCGGGAGGUGA